GAGUCAUCUGUUGUCAAUUUUCCUAUUUAGGCAAUUUCUGUUCCUAUCGUUUGCAUCCAUGGCAAGUCUGUCUAAGUUUUUUCUAGCUUGAAACGGCAAAAUGUCAAACAAGAUCAUCAAUUCAUUCGAUCUCAUGCGUCUGGUACUUAUUCUCUAUGGCGUUACUCAAUUUCUAUCCUAUCAUGAUUGGGGCUUGCGUGCGGCAUUGCUUCUAGGUGGCUUUGACUCUUUCCAUUUUUUGAAUCAUAUAUCUUCGAUCGAUGUGUUAGUUCACUUAACUUUCUUCUCUUUUCCCUACAUUUUGCAGUAUCUCGAAUUCUCCGAGUGUUCCUGUCCCUCCAACGCCAUCUCUGCACGCUAUAGAGCAAUCUCGAAGCGAUAUAUAUCUCAUCAUGUCCACGGAUUCUUCCCUAAGCAUUCAUAUAAAUUCUCAAUCACGACUUUUUCCUACUACGCAUUGCAGAACAAAGGCUCUCCAAGGUACAGAAACUACACAGCACACGAUCCCCUUGUCGAUCCUUGAUGCAACCGUUGCGAAUUUCGCAGCUACAGCAGGCGUUUGGAUAUAUGACCCACCUUCGUGUACAUCGGACCAUGGCCAUACUGCCAUGAGCGCAGCAUGUUUGAAGCAAUCACUGCAGGAAACGCUAAAUGCCUACCCACACUGGGCCGGGCAGCUUGAAUGGACGCGGCCCCAGAGACCUCAUCAGCACCACGGAGUAAAUGACCACACGCAGAGACAUGGCAGGGUACAAGUCACUUGUGGAUCGCCUUCGGAUCCGGGUGUGGAAUUUGUCGAAGCAUAUUGUGACAACAUGGCAGUGAAGGAUCUCGUUCCAAGUGGAGAGGAUCGGGCAGGUAAAUGUAAAGUGUGGGAUGUAUCCAGCAUGCGGGCAAGAGAGUUAUUUCCCUCCACAGUGAUGGCACUGAGGGGUGAUGCAGGUGCGCCAGGAAUGAAAGUCCAAAUCACGACUUUUGCGGACGCUGGCAUCGCUAUAGCUAUCAUGUUUGCGCACCCAUUAGCAGACGCGCAGGCCAUGUCACACUUUAUGCACGACUGGGCUGCCGUCAAUGCUGCAAUGGUUGCAAAUGCUCAAAUACCAGCGCUCUCGCCCGUGUUUGAUCCAAGUUUACUGGACCUCGCUGCUGCAGGGGAUAUCGAUUCUCCGAGUCCAGACGCGGAGAUAGUGAAUGCAGCCCAGGAAUUGCCAGUGCAUCGGUUCGACUGGUGGGCUUCGGAGAAGGGAUGUCCGGACGGGUGGGAUGAAGCCACAAAAAUCCCCGAAGAAUUCGCGGGCUCAGAGGAUGCUCGAAGCGAGGGAAAACCCAUGCCAUGGUCUCAAUGGAACAUAGAUGCUCCUGUUGGGAAUUAUCUCGUCCAUUUCACCGGCAAGGAAAUAACUCGUAUAUGGAAGACAGCUUGCGCGACAGUAGCGGAAGAGGAUAAGUCGUCUGCAGCUGGCCUGCCGAGCAGACAUGAUGCGAUAUUAGCGCAUAUGUGGAUUUUAAUCAAUCGCGCAAGGGAUUCCAAGUCCUCUUCCACGACAUCGUCGUCGUCGACGACGACGACCUCUGGGGUUGAUCUUAUCCACCUGGAUCUCACGCUCGGAGUCCGCUCGCGCGUCAGUCCAAAGCUAUCUGAGCGUUUUGUGGGCUCGCCGAUUUUCCUAGCCCACUACUCUCUUCCCCUUGAAGCAGCACGUUCUUCUCCGCUGGGUAAAAUAGCCCUUGGUAUUCGCGGCACGACUGCGCUGUUUACCACCCCUUCAGUGGCGGCUCUCUUGCAUGAAAAAGCGCAUCAAGUGUCCGCGCAAAGAUAUUGGGAUGGUUUCUGUGGAAGACAUCAUGUGAUUGUUACUUCAUGGGCACAUUUGAAUGUGUACCAGGUUGAUUUUGUUGGUGAUGGAAGAAACGUCCCGAGAUAUGUUCUUCCGUUGAUGCCGGAUGUGGAUGGGUGUUUGCAGCUGAUGGAGGCACGGCCUAAUGGUCUGGACCAAGAGGACGGUGUGCAAGGAGGUUUGAAUGCGGAAGUGAAAGACAGGAAGGAGAAGAGACACUGGACAGAUAAUGGGGUGGAUGUCAAGCUGCAAAUGGAAGCGGAAGCGUUGCAGAGGUUGUUAAAUGAUCCGUUGUUGAGAAAGUACGCAUAGAACACAAGGUUUCUUGAGAGAAGGAAGAUGAAUUAUAAAAGGCAUGUGACGCAUAGGAGAAACUGAGUGACUAUUUCUUUCCCUGCUUCAGAAUAUAAUACGAAUUGAAAACCAAAAACAAUAGGUGCAAUUCAGCAGUCACUGUCAAAGGAGCAUCAGUGCGAAACACGUAAGACAAAUCGAGGAAUAGGGUUGUACGAAUGCAACAGAGAAGGAAUGUGUAACAGGGAAAAAGAAAAGGAGAGACCCAAAGCAUUGAACGAUAUUUGUCAUGUUGUAUUC